UGAGCAUAAAUGGAGAAAUACAUAAACAGCGCACUCGGCCGGCCGGUUGAACAAGCUAUUCUAGGUCGCUGGCGGAAGAUAUCGUCUUCGAAUACUCCCCUUGAGAAACCCAGUUAAAAUUGUGCGCAUCAAGGGGAGUCGCUCAACCCUACUUAGUCCCUGGUGAGCUGCUUUGCUACUGUCUGGGAGAUUUCAUUCCUUCCGCUUACGUGGAGGAGCAUUCAAAAAAGCGAUCUCCCCUCCGGAUGCCUGAAAUGGUACCGUCCGUUUGUAGCCGGCUUGCCCCGCACGGUGAGACCAGGCCGGAGUUUCCUGCGGUCUCCGCAGGAGGGCGGCGGUUAGCGCUGUUCGCAGGCAAAAGGUUCGCGAGACGCCAUGUGGCUGCUCCGGCGCCCGGGACCUUUGCCCGGGAUAAACCCCCAUUCCGCCGCUCGCCAGUUCAGGAAAUCACACUCGUCUGUCCUGCAGGAGCUGAAAACAAAAUCAGGAGGAAAGCUUCAAAAGCAAAUAUGCCAAGGUGUUCUCAGUCAUUUUGAAAAACAGUACUCCAGGGAGUUGGGAGAAGCGUGGAAUUCAGUCAGGAGAGUGCUCACAACGCCCCAAUGUUGGCAGUAUGCUGUCCUCCUUAAUCCAUUCCAUUUUUCCUCUGAAGUGGAGAAUGACUUGCUUUCAAAGGAUUAUCGGCUCCUUUUCCCAGAAUCCUCAUCCUGCUUUCGACCAUCAUUCAAGUGUUACAUCACUAGUGCUCCUGGUAGAUUCCCUGCUCAGAAACACAGAGCUGGUAGACUGAAGGAAUAUUAUCUGCUGAAUGCAGCUUCUGUUCUGGCAGUGCUGGCCCUGGAUAUAGAGAAUGGGGAGAAGGUUUUGGAUAUGUGUGCUGCUCCAGGGGGUAAAUCAAUAGCAACACUUCAGUAUGCUUGCCCAGGUCUUCUGCAAUCCAAUGAAUAUGAUAAUUUGAGGUCAAAUUGGCUGAGAAAUACACUAGAAUCUUUCAUCCCGGAAUCAUUGAUGAAUCUAGUUAUCAUUUCUCAGUUGGAUGGAAGACAAAUUGGAAAUCUCCAGCCUGAAAGAUUUGAUAAGGUACUAGUGGAUGCCCCAUGCUCAAAUGACAGAAGCUGGUUAUUCUCUUCUGAUAUCCAGCAGGCUACCCUAAGGUUAGCACAAAGGAAAGAAUUAUCUGCUGUACAGAUACAGCUGCUAAGGUCUGCUAUCAAGGCCUUGCACCCAGGAGGAUCUCUGGUUUAUUCCACGUGCACUCUUUCUAAGGCAGAGAAUAGUGAUGUCAUAACUCACAUCCUUGACACUUGCAGCAAUGUUCUGCCUGUGGAUAUAAGCACCAUAGCCAAAUCUGCAUCCAAAGAAUUCACUCUUGCUUCAGAUGUCCAGCAACAUGAACUUCUAAUACUUCCAGAAAUGGGAAGAGCAUGGGGCCCAAUGUACAUAUCUAAACUAAAGAAAGUAUCCACACAGUUUCUUGUGUGAUUUUUGUAAGUCAUAUUGACUUUCUAGGAGAUAAAACCUUUAAUGUUGAAAAUUUAAUAAGGUACUGGAGGCCAAUUAUCUAUUUAUUUAGUGAUUAACUUCCAUCGCAUAAUUUUCACUAUGCAGUUUGAAAAAAACUGAGACAAUUGUUUCUUCUGUGGGGUUUUAAAAAUUAUUUUUAAAAAGAAAAAUAAAUUCCUGGAACACUUCUUUAGGUAUGUCAUGAUCCUAGACCUACAGCAGUGUGGCCUGUACUAGAGUAACUACAGGGCCUACGUUUCCCGGGCCACUUUGGAUCCUGUGAUUGGUUAAUGAGAUUUGGAGAGAAAACUU